GUCAGUAAUUGUAGGUGGUCUUGGUUGGUACAUUGGUAACAUCGAUAUUUUGUGGCGAUCUAUCGAUCCUUUCGUUAACGUGAAAGUAUAACUCUGAAACGAGUAGUCACAGAGAACUAUUUGUAAAUAAAGGCACGUGGCGUAACAUGUCAACAAUGAUUUCGAAUUGACAAUUAUUUUUUAAAUAGUUACAUUUAAAGCAAACUAUAGCCUGUUUCGUUUUUCGCGCGUGUAAUUUCGCUGCAUUAGACGGCAUUUGCCCACAUUAGUGGGACUUGGGUGGAAGAUAUAUGUGUCAUUAUCCGGACAUGUGACAACACCAUGAUUCCUGUUUAUUUAAUCAUUGAGAGCAGACGAUAAUCCCGCUUGUUAAUUACGCUGUCCACGAUUACUUAUUGUAUUGUAUAUUGUUUCGUUCAUAGCCAUACCAUGACUGACAUUAAUAUCUUAAGAACUGUUAAUGACACUAUUAGCAAUGUGAAGUUGCAACUUCCAAAAGAACCACCUGAUUAUCUUGGAAUCGAAUUUCUGGAGAAUGAAAUGGAAUUGAUGAACCAGAAGAUCCAAAAUGCUUGUGAAAUGCCACUAGCGGCGAGCCCUAUCUAUAUGUCAAGAGUAAUAGAUGCCAGAGUAUUGUCCACGGGUGAAGAUGUUAAACAGAUCAUUGAGAUGUCACUUGACAUAAAAGAAGAAAAUAUGUCUUGGCAUCCAGGGGAUACAAUAGGAGUAAUUCCACAAAAUCCAGUGGAGGAAGUAGAGGAGCUGUUGGAAUUGUUGGGUGUUAGAGACAAAGCAAAUAUCCCAGCAAAAAUAUUUGUUAGAACUGACUCUCUGGAAAAGAAUUUUGUUGUACCACCAUAUUUACCAUCAGUUUCAACACUGAAACACAUUUUCUGUACGUGUUUAGAUAUACGAAGCCUACCCAGAAAGGUCCUGCUCAGAGUGUUGGCGGGGCACGCCUCCCUGCCGGAGGAACGCCUCCGGCUGGAGCAGCUGUGCAGCCGGCAGGGCACGCGCGACUACGACGCCUGCAUUGUGGGGACGGGGGCCACCCUGGUGACACUACUUCGUGCGUUUCCGUCGUGUCGGCCCCCGGUCACCCGUCUCCUCCAGCUCCUGCCGCGCCUUACUCCGAGGCCGUACUCGCUCGCCUGCUCGGAGGCUCCCCCGCGUGUGGUGUUCGGCGUCAUUCCUCGCGGCCUGUGCACCGACUGGCUGAGAAGUCGACUAGAAAUAUUUUGCGACCUGAGUAAAAGGCUCUCGGCUGUGGAACUCGAAGACAGUGUGGAACAGGAUGUUCGGAUUCCAGUGUAUUUUAGGAAGGCGAGCAAUUUUCGCAUGCCUCAUUGUCAUGAGAAACCACUGAUACUUAUUGGUCCUGGAACUGGAAUUGCUCCAUUUAUUGGGUUUCUCCAACAAAGAGAAACUGAACAGUUAAAGUUUCAAAAUAAGAAACUCGGCACAAUCUGGCUAUUUUUUGGUUGUCGCUAUUCUUCACGAGAUUUUAUUUAUAGGUCAGUACUUCAGCAGUUUGUGGAGAAACAGAUCCUGUCACGCUUAUUUGUUUCGUUUUCCCGUGAAAGUGAUGAAACUAGUCCAAAAUAUGUUCAGGAUAAUGUGAGACUUUAUGGGAAAGAUUUUGUAACAAAACUAAUCGAUGAAGGUGGUUCCGUAUUCAUCUGUGGCGAUGCAAAAAAUAUGGCUAAAGAUGUUCAGGAAGCAAUUUCAUAUGUUAUCCAGAAAGAAAAAGGAAUAUCUGAAGAAGCAGCUCAAAACUGUAUAAAACAACUGAAAAAUUCCGCAAGAUAUGUGCAAGAUGUAUGGAGAUAACUUAGUAUUCAAUUUAAACAUUCAAUCACAGACGAUACUGCAGUUCUCUCUCCUGAUGACCAGAGGUCCCUGCUGAGUAAGAGAUCUGUGCCUUAAUCACUUGUCUUGGCAACUGAGGCAACUCUAUUUAUGAGAUAAACACAUAAAAUAAAAUUAAAUAUACGAAGCAGUUGUAAAUGUAAUCCUUCGUCUAUUUCUUGUUUCCAACAUGCAUAAAUAUUUUGCUGUUACGAAAGUUCUGGCACAAUGUAAAUAAUUUAGACAUAAAGGAGACAGCUGGCUGAAUUGUGGAAGUAUUGAGUCAUAGA